CAAGGAUAUGGGCGGAGCUAAAACAUGACCGAGUGGGCGGUGCUUCUGAUGGUGACCGAGGUGCAGGCGGCAACUUCAACUUGGAGCGGCAUCAGUCGUAGCGUUUGACUCGUGGAAAAAACGACGAAGUGUUUCCGCCUUCCGCUCUUCUAACCAAGAAAAACGAAGAUGAAAUUCUGGCAAUUGUUCCUCAUCUCCAUGCUUGCCAUGGCCGCCAUGGUUCAAGCCCAAGAGCAGGGACCAGAAGCUGUCGACCCCGAACACGAGAACGGAGACGAUGAAGGCCAUGCAGAACCCGAGGCUGAGCCCACUGCCGACGAUGGGGCCGAAGAGGAAGAUAGCGUCGCUCCAGAGCCAGAGCCAGAAGGCACUGAUGAGCCACAGGAAGUUGAUGCUGGAAAUGGAGAUGAUGAACAUGAGGAGGUAGAAGAGAGUCAUCCUGAAAAAAUGAAUGAAGUAGAAACAGAACCAGUAGAGAUGGAAGAAGUUAUUGAAUCCUCCAAAACCGCUGGCCUGGAGAGCGACAACGGAGCCACCUCUGCCUGCUUCUCCUUCUCCACAGUGAUUCUAUCAACCCUUGUUGCACUGAAAUUUGCUCAUUGAGUAUUGAUACAUUUUGAUUUGAAGAGCAUUUAAUGGCCUUACAUGUACUGUAGUCUUAUUGGUGUAUAUAAUAUAUUGAACAACCUGUAGAAACUUGAAGUACAGUACAAAAGUUUAGUAGUUUUAAACUAAACUUUUGAUCGAGUCUUUAUCUGUUUAAUGGGCCAUUAUUAUAUAUAUUUUUUUCUAAAUCGGUGUGCUGCUUUCAAUUUCGUGCCUCAAUAUACACAUACACAGGAGGUUCAUAAAUUUCAUGAGGCAAAUUUCUUCUACAGAUUACGAACUCUUUGAGCACACCAGAAAAUAAUGAUUAUCGGAGAGUGCACACAAGUGUUAAGCUAAUUCCCAAAGUUCAGUUCGCUUUGUUUUCAUUAAGAAUGUUUGUUUUCUACCUUUAUAAAAAGCAAUGGAUUAAAAUUGAGCAACCGUUCUAUAGGUCUUUAUUGUUUGACAGAGUCCCAGUGUGAAAGGCUUCCCAAGGUAAAACAUAAAGAAUGGGAUGUCUUUGUAAACAAAUUGCAUUUAUUUCCAUCCAGGGCUUAGUGUAUAUACUGAUCAGCUAGAUAUAUAGAUUAAUCAUAUAUUUAAAACUCCUGAUAGAUUUUAUCAGUAUCUAUUGAGAUCAGGUAUGACCUAAGACCUUCAAAUCUUUAUUCAUUCUAAACAAAAAAUUGCAGAUUAUAGAUCUUGCCCUAGGAAUCCAUUUGUACUUUUAUAUAAGUCAUAUGUGUGCUAAAUAAAAAAAUUAUCAAUAGCAUUAAUAUACAUCCUGCUGUAUGUAUUAGAUGUAGUUGCUAGUGUGAAUGAGCUUAGUUACAUUAUCUAGCUAUGUGGUCAAUCCUUGCUGCUUGUGCAUAUCAGUGUUAUUUCAGAAAUUUUCUCAAGAACAUGUUUGUUAAUGAUAGGUCUUAAUUUAUUUCAAAUUGAUAUACCGUAUCAUAAUUACUCAACCGUUUUCAUUUAAAUGUGAUAAAAAGACUGUGCUACCAACAUUCCCUAUACAAACAUCCUAGGACUAGUGUACUUUAAUACACAGAGUGUGUAAAUGUUAGCCUAGAUAUUUUCCGUAUGUAUUUACUGAAGUCUUUACUCUUUAAUACACGUAAGUUAGAA